CUAAAAAUAUAUUAUUACAAUUUAUAAUAGUAUAAAUACUAAGACCCUCUCAUUCUCUUCUUGCAACACUAUAUAGUAUAUACAUGCACUUCUAAGAUAGCUUUCUUUUAGUUAUAGUAUACAUAAAAAAAAACUUAUUUUUUCUUUUAUAUUUUAUAUGAUCAUGAUCAUGAUGAGAAUGGUAGAAAUUUUUUUGGUGUUUUGGGCAUUAAUGGGAAUAUGUGCAUUAGGGGCUACCAAUCCCCAAAUAAGACACAUUGUUGAGGAAGAUUGCAGCCUUACUAGAUACCCAUCCAUAUGUGUUCAAACCUUAAACAUGGCUGGCUUAAGUAGCUCAUCAUCAGGAUACACUGAUAUAAUUUCUGUUCUUCUCAACAAGACAAUAUCUGAGUCAAAGCUCCCCAACAGUACUCAUUCCACCAUCUUGACCUCCCAACUAGGGGUCCAAUCAUCAGCUCAACCAUCCACAGGCGAGUACUGUGAAACUUUAAUGAACUUAUCGGAGAAAAGGCUACAACAAUCUCUAACAGCACUUAACAACAAAAACAAAGUGGAAGACAUCCAAACAUGGCUAAGCGCCGCGUUGACUUUCCAAGAAGCUUGUAAAGACUCAGCCGAGGAAGGACAGGUCGUCCCAAACGACGUCGUUAGGAGCGAUAUCGCCAAAAAAAUGUCUUAUCUAUACGAGUUAAGCAGCAACGCAUUAGCUCUUACAAAUCGCAUUCAAACGACGCCGUUCGAUACCAAAUCUCGUGGUUUGUCUGAUCAGAAUUAUAAGGACGAAUCAUCACCAGAUUUUCCAAAGUGGAUAUCUCGUAAAGACAGAAAACUACUUCAGGCAACAACCACAGUAAAUGCGGAUGUUGUUGUUGCUCAAGAUGGUUCUGGGAAUUAUAAAACGGUUUCUGAAGCUAUAGAAGCUGCACCAUCUUCUGGGGGUCGUUUCGUGAUUCAUGUGAAAAGUGGAGUUUAUAAGGAGAAGAUUAAAACCAAUAAAGAUGGCAUUACUUUGAUUGGAGAUGGAAAAGAUUCUACUGUCAUUGUUUGGAGUGAUAGUGUUGCUGGUGGAACUACUAUGCCAGCCACUGCCACAUUCACUGUUACCGGUGACGGGUUCAUCGCACGGGACAUCGGGUUCCACAACACGGCGGGACCACAUGGAAAACAAGCCUUGGCUCUGUACAUCGCCUCGGACCGAUCAGCCCUAUACAGGUGCAGCAUCGCCGGCUACCAAGACACACUCUACGCUCUCGCUCUCCGCCAAUUCUACCGCGAGUGUGACAUCUCCGGCACCGUCGAUUUCAUCUUCGGCAACGCUGCCGCCGUAUUUCAAAACUGCGAACUCGCCCUCCGCCGUCCACGUGGCGCCAACGUCAUCCUAGCCCACGGCAGAUCCGACCCGGGUCAAAACACCGGGUUCUCUGUCCAAAACUGUCGUAUCACAGCCAGCGCAGAAUUCGAAUCCGUAAAACACUCGUUCAAAUCUUACCUGGGUCGGCCGUGGAAGUCGUAUUCGAGAGCUGUGGUUAUGCAGUCUAACAUUGAUGAGGCUAUCUCCCCUAAAGGGUGGGAAGAGUGGCCUGGUUCUGGAAGCUCUGUUCUGAGUACUCUGUAUUUUGCUGAGUAUGCUAAUGUGGGACCCGGGGCUGCGACUGGUCAAAGGGUCAACUGGCCUGGGUUUCACUUGAUCGGAGUUAGUGAUGCUUCUAAGUUCACUGUUGCCAAUUUAAUUGGUGGAAAUUCAUGGCUGCCUUCCACUAAGGUGGUUUUCAACUCUGGUCUCUAGUUGGACUAGUUUUGAAAUUAUUGGAUUUUAUAUUUUAUUAUUUGGUGUAAUUUUUUAAGUUAUUAUUUUAUGUAUUGUUUAGAUAAUGAAAUUGUAUCCCUAUGUAUAAUAUAUAAAAACACUGUGGAAUCAUGCAUAUGUUUAAUGUAUUCAUUCUCAAAAUUCAUGCAGUGAAAAUCUAUUUGGUUCGGUUCAUUUUAUCA